GGGCGGCGGGCGGCGGGCGGGCAGGCGGGCGGCCUCGGAGGCGAGAAGGAGCAGUGGCAGCAGUGGUGGCGGCGGCGGCCGGCAGCCGGCAGGCCCAGCUGGGGACUCGGAGCCGGUGGCGGCCGCGGCGGCGACGAUAGUGGCGGCGGUGACUGCUUCUCGCAGGGGACCUGGAGUCUGUGACUGGGCCCUCCCUCCGAGGCCCUGCACGGGCAGCCCGCGGGACACCCCACCCUCCUCCUCCUCCUCCUCCCCUUUCCUCUUUCACCUGCUCCUCGCCAUCCUCCUCGUCCUCCUCCCCAUCCUUCCACCUCAGCUGCCCCCUGCUCAGUUUCUCUGGAGCUGCCAGCACCCCAUUAUCAGCAGCCCGACCUCUCUCCAUCCCCAGCAUGCUUUUCCCGUGGGGGCUGAGGGCUUGAGGACUCAGCCGACACCGUCUGCAAAGCAGGGCCCAGGUUCCUGGGGGGAGGGGGGAAGGGGGCGGCCCCCUCCCCCCCCGUGGACCCUCCCCUCCCCCACUUCUCCUGAUGGCCGGCUUCCUCUUCUCCACCCAGACCUCGCCCCCUGUGGCCCCCCCAGGCCGGCCAGGCUAGGGGAGGGGGUGGGGGCCCUUUCCUGGGGCCGGCUUCCCCCUCCCCUCCGUUCUUGCCUGCCUUUCCUCCUUCCCCCUCUCCUCUCUACCCUUCUCUCCUCCAUUUUCUCCUUCCCUUUCCUCCCCUCCCCAGCCCGCCCUCUCCUCUUCCACCUGUCCUUCCUCCUUGCUCCUGGGGAGCCACUGUUUUGGCUUAGUUGGGGGCCGCCAGCAGCGGCGGGCGGCGGGGGAGGGGGCCUUCUGGACUGCCCUCUCCCCCCGCCCCAGCCGCACACCGCCAGCGCCACAGCGUCUCCCGCUGUCGCUCCUCGGGCCUCGAGGGAGCCCUGCCCUCCGUCCCACCAGGAUCCGUGGCGAGUGGGGGCCGCGGCAGCUGCGUCCCCAUGAGGAGGGGAGGAAGAUGCCGGCUGAGCUGCUGCUGCUGCUGAUUGUUGCCUUCGCCAGCCCCAGCUGCCAGGUGCUCUCAUCACUGCGCAUGGCUGCGAUCCUGGAUGACCAGACUGUGUGUGGCCGUGGCGAACGUCUGGCCCUUGCACUGGCCCGAGAGCAGAUCAACGGGAUCAUUGAGGUCCCCGCCAAAGCCCGAGUGGAAGUUGACAUCUUUGAGCUGCAGCGGGACAGCCAGUACGAGACCACAGAUACCAUGUGUCAGAUCCUGCCCAAGGGAGUCGUGUCUGUCCUAGGACCCUCCUCCAGCCCAGCGUCUGCCUCCACUGUGAGCCAUAUCUGCGGGGAGAAAGAGAUCCCCCACAUCAAGGUGGGUCCUGAGGAGACGCCCCGCCUGCAGUACCUGCGCUUCGCGUCUGUGAGCCUCUACCCCAGCAACGAGGAUGUCAGCCUAGCUGUUUCCCGGAUCCUCAAGUCCUUCAACUACCCCUCGGCCAGCCUCAUCUGCGCCAAGGCUGAGUGCCUACUGCGAUUGGAGGAACUGGUACGUGGCUUCCUCAUCUCCAAGGAGACACUUUCGGUGAGGAUGCUGGAUGACAGCCGGGACCCCACGCCCUUGCUCAAGGAGAUCCGUGACGACAAGGUGUCCACCAUCAUCAUCGACGCUAAUGCAUCCAUCUCCCACCUUAUCCUCCGUAAGGCCUCGGAGCUGGGAAUGACCUCAGCAUUUUACAAGUAUAUCCUCACCACCAUGGACUUCCCCAUUCUGCAUCUGGAUGGUAUCGUGGAAGAUUCCUCUAACAUCCUGGGCUUCUCCAUGUUCAACACCUCCCACCCCUUCUAUCCUGAGUUUGUGCGCAGCCUCAACAUGUCCUGGAGAGAGAACUGUGAAGCCAGCACCUACCCGGGCCCCGCGCUGUCGGCUGCCCUGAUGUUUGACGCGGUGCAUGUGGUGGUGAGUGCUGUCCGAGAGCUGAAUCGCAGCCAGGAGAUUGGUGUGAAGCCACUGGCCUGUACAUCAGCCAACAUUUGGCCCCACGGGACCAGCCUCAUGAACUACCUGCGCAUGGUAGAGUAUGAUGGGCUGACUGGGCGGGUCGAGUUCAACAGCAAAGGCCAGAGGACCAACUACACCCUGCGCAUCCUAGAGAAGUCGCGACAAGGCCAUCGUGAGAUAGGGGUGUGGUACUCUAACAGGACAUUGGCCAUGAAUGCCACCACCUUGGACAUCAACCUGUCGCAGACACUGGCUAACAAGACCCUGGUGGUCACGACCAUCCUGGAGAACCCAUAUGUCAUGCGGCGGCCUAACUUCCAGGCCCUGUCGGGCAACGAGCGCUUUGAGGGCUUCUGCGUGGACAUGCUGCGGGAGCUGGCUGAGCUGCUGCGCUUCCGCUACCGCCUGCGGCUGGUGGAAGACGGGCUGUACGGGGCACCUGAGCCCAACGGCUCCUGGACGGGCAUGGUCGGCGAACUCAUCAACCGGCAGAAGGCAGACCUGGCCGUGGCUGCAUUCACCAUCACAGCCGAGCGAGAGAAGGUCAUCGACUUCUCCAAACCCUUCAUGACCCUGGGCAUCAGCAUCCUGUACCGAGUGCACAUGGGCCGCAAGCCUGGCUAUUUCUCCUUCCUGGACCCCUUCUCCCCUGCCGUGUGGCUCUUCAUGCUCCUCGCCUACCUGGCUGUCAGCUGUGUCCUGUUCCUAGCUGCCAGGCUGAGCCCGUACGAGUGGUACAACCCACACCCCUGCCUGCGGGCACGGCCACACAUCCUGGAAAACCAGUACACGCUAGGCAACAGCCUCUGGUUCCCUGUGGGGGGCUUCAUGCAGCAAGGCUCGGAGAUCAUGCCCCGGGCGCUGUCCACGCGCUGCGUCAGCGGAGUCUGGUGGGCCUUCACCUUGAUCAUCAUCUCCUCCUACACGGCCAACCUGGCCGCCUUCCUCACCGUGCAGCGCAUGGAGGUGCCCGUGGAGUCAGCUGAUGACCUGGCAGAUCAGACCAACAUCGAGUAUGGCACCAUCCACGCAGGUUCCACCAUGACCUUCUUCCAGAACUCGCGGUACCAGACAUACCAGCGCAUGUGGAACUACAUGCAGUCGAAGCAGCCUAGUGUGUUCGUCAAGAGCACGGAGGAGGGCAUCGCCCGUGUCCUCAACUCCCGCUACGCCUUCCUGCUCGAGUCUACCAUGAACGAGUACCACCGGCGCCUCAACUGCAACCUCACCCAGAUCGGGGGCCUCCUCGACACCAAGGGCUACGGCAUCGGCAUGCCGCUGGGCUCCCCGUUCCGGGAUGAGAUCACGCUGGCCAUCCUGCAGCUCCAGGAGAACAACCGACUGGAGAUCCUGAAGCGCAAGUGGUGGGAGGGAGGCCGCUGCCCCAAAGAAGAAGACCACCGCGCAAAAGGUCUGGGCAUGGAGAACAUUGGCGGGAUUUUUGUCGUGCUCAUCUGUGGCCUCAUCAUUGCUGUCUUCGUGGCAGUCAUGGAGUUCAUAUGGUCCACGCGGAGGUCAGCAGAGUCAGAAGAGGUGUCCGUGUGCCAGGAGAUGCUGCAGGAGCUGCGUCACGCCGUGUCUUGCCGCAAGACUUCCCGUUCCCGCAGGCGCCGGCGCCCAGGUGGCGCCAGCCGGGCCCUCCUGUCGCUGCGUGCUGUCCGCGAGAUGCGCCUCAGCAACGGCAAGCUCUACUCGGCCGGCGCGGGAGGCGAUGCGGGCGGCGCGCACGGGGGACCCCAGCGCCUCCUGGACGACCCCGGGCCGCCCAGCGGCGCGCGGCAGCCCGCGCCCACGCCCUGCACCCACGUGCGCGUCUGUCAGGAGUGCCGGCGCAUCCAGGCGCUGCGGGCCUCUGGGGCCGGCGCGCCUCCGCGUGGCCUGGGCGCCCCUGCCGAGGCCACCAGCCCGCCCAGGCCACGACCUGGCCCUUCCGGCCCCCGCGAGCUGGCGGAACACGAGUGACCACGGGCAGAACCUGGACUGAACGCAGGGACACGGCCCGCCCCAGGCCCCUGCUGCCCCCGCUGCCUCAGCGGGUGAAGAAGAGGACUUGUGCCCGGGGACCCGGGGGCGCGGGCACUCGGCCCUGGCUCCAUUGUGGACUCCAACCAGGCACCGGAGCCUGCCUGUGCCCUCUGGUGGACUAGCGAGAAGGCGCCGUGGACGCCCGCACCCCCACCCCUCCCGGGCAAGCAGCCCCCAGGACCGCGGGACCGCGCCCAGGGCGGAGAACGGCUGCCCAGGACCCCGAAGCUCGACGCGACCCUCCACGCUUCUGGAGGGGGAUCGGGCCUCUGGACAGGUGGGCGUCCCCUGGCGCCUCUCCAUUCUUCUCUUUCUCUCCUUUUUGGGGGGAGAAACCUCGGAAUUUCUAUGAAGUCCCCCCCCCCCGGGAGGGGGUCUAUUGGGCCCCCGUCCCAUCCCCCGCCAUAUCUCAGUCCCUGUUGGAAUAAAAAAACAAACAAAA